AUGGAGAAGAGAGAACCAACUCAUCAUCUCUACCUUCUUCCAUGUCUCUUCUUCCUGUCUCUCCUCUCCUUACUCCGACCAACCAUCUCCGACCCUAGAGCACGAUCCGUCAAAGUCACAUGCUCACCAAACCUCGAGCACAACGAAACCGUCUUCGUCCCAAACUUCCUAGCCUCGAUGGAGAAAAUCGGCCGACAGGUCCAAACCACCGGUUUCGGAACCGCUCUCACCGGUUCGGGACCAGACGCCAACUACGGUUUAGCACAGUGCUACGGAGACCUCCCUCUGAACGACUGCGUCCUCUGCUACGCGGAAGCGAGGACCAUACUCCCGAAAUGCUACCCUCAGAACGGAGGCAGGAUCUUCCUCGACGGGUGUUUCAUGAGAGCCGAGAACUACAGUUUCUACCACGAGUUCAAAGGACCCGAAGACACCGUCCUCUGCGGGAACGCCACCACUAAGAGAAACAACAGCGCCGCUUUCGGCCACGAGGUGAGACAGGUGGUGAGAGAAGCGGUCGCCGCGGCUCCUGGUAACGGAGGGUACGCUCGCCGCGGCGCGUCUGCUGAAAACGGAGAGUCUUCCGCGUUUGCGUUGGUGAACUGCUGGAGGAACCUGAGUCCUGAGUCUUGUAAACAGUGUCUGGAGGAUGCUUCUGCUUCUAUGGUUGACAAGUGUUUGCCGCGGUCCGAAGGACGCGCGCUUCACACUGGAUGUUUCCUUAGGUACUCUGAUCAAGAUUUCUUGAACAAGAUUCCAAGAAACGGAAGAUCAAGAGGCUCUGUAGUGGUGAUUGUUGUCUCGGUGCUUAGCUCUGUGAUUGUCUUUAUGGUUGGAAUAGCAAUUGGUGUUUAUAUCUGCAAACACCGAACCAUAGAGAAGAAGAGAAGAGGAUCUAACGAUGUUGAGAAGAUGGCGAAAACGCUGACGGACAGUAGCUUGAACUUCAAGUACUCAACGCUUGAGAAAGCGACAG